AUGACCCGGGACGCGGCAUUGCUAUUGGCUGAACUCAGGCACCUCAUUGGGGAAGAGCAACUUAAACGCUUCCAGGGCCAUGAAGAGUGCGAGAGAAAGUGUCAAAUUGCUAGGGGUAUCAUGGUUCAGUUAAUGAACAGAUUGGAGAAAAUUCGACAUCAGAACAACAUAGAACCCGGACUCGUUGUUCAGUUGAAGGCAUUGGGUAUGCAAUCGCCACUGCUGGACUCAGUCAAUGGAGCAGAUGGGGGACAUUAUUGCGCCCCGAAUGUAUUGAAUAGCGAGGCGGCAUCCUCCGCCAUGUGCAACCCGCAGAUCCCGUCCCAUACCUGCCAACAGACUCAAGGGUUUGAUGAUACUCCGCCGCAGGCGGUGCCAGCCCAUUACCCAUCCACCCAAACCCAGCCAGUUGGACCAUCACACAUGCCGCAGCUGGGGAUCAACUCCCCGAUAGAAUCGAGGCAGAUGGUAUCUGGAGUAUUGAACGCAAACCGGAUGUACAUGUAUCCAUCUAUACAGCAAAAGGCUAGAACCGUGCCCACACCACAGGGAGCCCAACCAGUUCCAUCCCUUCCAAACAUUCAUUUUGAGGAGCCUCUGUCGACUGAGUUGGACAUCAGCGUUGAACCAUGGAGUAUGCACGGAAGCCUCAAGUGGUAG